UGCACAUGCGCGGAUUGGUCGAAUCGUAUCGUAAAAGGCAACAGAGCAGUGUAGUCUUUAAUUAUGCGGUAAUUCCUUCAGUUUCACGUUUGUACAUAUUCGUCUAAGGUGUGACAAACUAAACUUUAUUCAUUCUUGGUGUCAGGAUGAACUUUGAAGCUUCUGAGGCUAACUUAGCCUGCUAGUUAGCUUAGCUUGCUAGCUGCUAAUAAAGAAACACGGAAGUUAUCAACACAUCGCUAAGUAGACACAAGUUGUUAUAAAGAAAGAUAGAGUACGACGAGGAACAUUCUCGAACAAAAGAAGAGAACUAGCGACAACGUCAACUACUGGACGCUGUUUUCAAGAAGCAUCAAGUUGUUGCACAGAACAGACGUCUGUGAAGAACAUCUUCUUCCCCGGCAGCAGGAGUGGAAUUCCAGGAUGGAGCAGGAGCAACCACAGCCCCCCCAUAUUAAAAAGGAAGAGGCCGUGCCACAUCCCCCCCACAUUAAAGAGGAAGAAUAUCCCCCCCACAUUAAAGAGGAAGAUGAGGGGCUACAGCCCCCCCACGUUAAAGAGGAAGACGGCAUCAGUCAGAAUGGAGAUCAUCUUGAAGGACUGGAGGAGGUUGAUAUCCUCAAGAUGCCAUCGAUUUAUGUCAUUGUGAAGAAAGAAGAUGAUGAGAUCAAAAGUGAAAGUGAGGAGAAGAGAGAGGUGGAGCCUCCAAGCAGCAGCUCAAUUCAACACAAGACAACAGAAGCUGAUGGAGACCACUGUGGAGGAUCACAAGCAGACAAGCUCUUAGCUCCACUAUCAGAUAGUGAUGACAUGACGUCACACUCUCCUGACACUGAUGAUGAAGACUCUGAAGCUGAUACAACAUGUCACACUGACAACACACACUUUGAAUGUUCUCACUGUGGCAAAACCUUUAAUCGCCAUUGUAAUCUGAAAAGACACAUGAGAACACACACUGGUGAAAAACCUUUUAUCUGUUCAAGCUGUGGUAAAAGCUUUACCCAAAAUAAUCAUUUGAAAACACACAUGAGAACACACACUGGUGAAAACCCCUUUUCUUGUUCAAUCUGCUGUAGAAGUUUUGGACAAAAAGAUAAGUUGAAAAGACACAUGAGAACACACACUGGUGAAAAACCUUUUUCAUGUUCAAGCUGUGGUAAAGGUUUUACACAAAAAGAUAAGUUGAAAAGACACAUCAGAACACACACGGGCGAAAAACCUUUUUCCUGUUCUAUCUGUGGUAAAGGUUUUACACAAAAUAUUCAUUUGAAAACACACAUGACAAUACAUACUGGUGAAAAACGUAUCGCAUGUUCAAUUAGUGCUAAAGGUUUUGUACGAAAUGUUAAAAGACACAUGACAACACACACUGGAAAAAAAACUAUCUGUUCAAUCUGUGGUAAAGGUUUUGUACGAAAUAUGAAUUUUAAAAUACACAUGAGAACACACACUGGUGAAAAACCUUUUUCUUGUUCAAGUUGUGGCAAAUGUUUUAUACAAAAUAGGGAUUUGAGAAGACACAUGAGAACACACACUGGUGAAAAACCCUUUCCUUGUUCAAGCUGUGGCAAAUGUUAUAUACAAAGUUGGGAUUUGAAAACACACAUGAGAACACACACUGGUGAAAAACCUUUUAUCUGUUCAGUCUGUGCUAAAGGUUUUACACGUAAACAGCACUUGAAAAAACACAUGAGAAUACACACUGGUGAAAAACCUUUUUCCUGUUCAAUCUGUGCUAAAGGUUUUGUACAAAGAUACACGUUGGAAAGACACAUAAGAACACACACUGGUGAGGAAGUGUGACGAAAGAUUAUCUCAAAAGUACACACAAGUGAGAAUAUCCGCAACAAUUGAAGCUGCAGGGUUAAAAAAAAAAAAGUCAAAACUUUAAAAUAGACCCAACAACAUCACUACAUAUAACAUGUGUGACAUCAUUGUUGUGUAACAGAGUCUUGUUAAUAUGUUUCUACCGUUUUAAGAUCAGAUUUGUUUAGCUUAGUGGUUUAAGUAUUAAACAUUAGUUUACAACAUAGUGUACAUUUAUUUAAAAUGAAUUAAUUUCCUUGAUUGAAAAGGUCCACACUGACUGACGUAUCUUAUUUUUUACUACCCUUAUAUUUACUUUUUUAUUUGUUUUAGAAUUAAACGGAACAAACCAUAUGUUACAUAAAAUUGUAUGUGUAUAUAGAAUAGAUAAUCAAAAUUCUGUGUUGUAUUUUCUCAUAAUAAUUUUUUAAAUGUAUGAAGUGUGUUGUACAUUUUCAUUUCUAAUUGUAAAUUAUUCCAUAUAUUAACUUUUUUAUAUGAUAUGCAUGUUUUGUUUUUGAGUACACAAAUCUUUCAGUUCAUAUUUGGUUUACUUCUGGACCACUUCUGGAAGCAUUUUAUCAUGUACUUUAUACAUGAUUUGAGCAGUUGCGUAUUCUACAAGAUUAUUUACUUUUAACAUGUCCUCACCCCAUGUUUGACCUUUUUCCCACCUUUACAUGGCACCACCUUUGCAGCGACCCAUCAAUGUUUUUAUUCUGUGUGCCCUGUAUGAUGUAUGUCUGAUUUUGAACGGGU